CACAAUAACUCUCAUCAGUCAUAAAUUUUCCCUUCAACGCUGAAGUGUAAAAUGUUGAAAAUCUCUUUUGUGUAUUUUUUGGUGAUCCUUGCGAGAAGUGAAUUUGCAUGUAGUUGUGAAUUAUCGCUCAAGCAUCCAUUGCCUUUGUUUACCAAACAGUUAGGUUCGAGAAAAGUAGUUUUCGAACCGCAAACGUCUUCGAUCAAUGUUUUGGCUGGGGAAUCUAUAACGGCAUAUUGUAGCGGCGGAUUGGUGUACGAAAAAAAAUAUGAUGGCAACGAACCCAUUUUUUUGGCUAAAAAUACCGCCGACUUUAUUUGUGAUGCGAACAAUGUCUUAAAAAUAGGAGGCGUGCAUAUAUCCAACAAUCGCGAAAUCAUAAUUUUCUGCGCCUCUCAGGGGACAUACGAUCUUUAUGAAAGUAAAAAGACUUUGCCCAAUUGUGAAAAGUACAUGAGCUACGCCAUAGGAGUACCAAUCGAUGGAGAGAAGAGCGAAGUAAAAGCCGGGGUCUGCUUUGAUCUUGACAAUUUCACACUGAAAUAUAUUCAUUUCAUAACAGAACCAGUUACUGAUCGCAUUGUGAUCGAUGAAAAGAAGAAGGCCAACGAGUUAUCGCUGGAUUUGAAUCAAAAGGUUGGCGGUUUGACAGACUAUUUCCCCUUUAUGAGUGUACAAAAAUUUAACGCGACACGCAAUGAGUUGCUUAGAUCCCGAAAUCUCUUCGAUAUUUUCGAUUUUGAUUUAGACAGUUUGUUGCAAGAUGAAUCGCAGCAAACUAAACUCAAUAGUUACGCGUAUCUCUUCAACACGUUGUGGUGGCGCCAACUACGUCAGCAAAACUGGCGUCACUUCCUCGAAGCACUCAACGAACGUACCCGCGUCACGAAGUAUCUCGUUUAUAUGGGCACCCAUGGCAUUGCGAUGAUGCCUUCCAAGCAGAGAAAUUGUAGUUUGCUAAAAAGCGAUUUCAUAACAGUGCGUUCGGAUCAGAGCCAAGUCACGGCACCGGCUUAUAUCUGGAUAUAUUUGAAGUCUCUAAGACCAAGCGAACGGAAAGAAGAUAUCGUUGUUAUUGCACACAAUUCACCUUAUGUAGCCAAUCCGGGAUCAAGCGAAUUCUGUGAGGUGGAUGUUUGUGAUGAAGUUGAGUGGUUGAAAAAUAGCAACUUCGGCUAUUUACGUCAAAUACCUACACUCGGAUACACGUUUUGCUGCCGUCCUAAGGAUGUGGCCAAGGUCAUUCCCCACUUUCCCAUAUCAGCUAAUACAGGCGCUGCUACUGAAGUAACACGGUCGACAGAGAGCAGUAAUUCAAAACUGCUAGAAAUUGUGACAGGAAACUAAUGAUGUUACUGUUAUAUUUACAUAUGUUUGUAUAUAGCUGUUGGCAUGCAGUAAAAUUAAAUAACUAAGACAUUUUUCAAAAA